GAUCUGUGACCCCAGCUGCUCUGGCUAUGCUAAGGGUUCGUAUCAGCAGAUAUUCCGUAGAAAACAGAGUAAAUACCCUCUUUUUAUGAAAUGUGCCGCAUUGAACGAUAAUGGUGUAGUCUCAAGAAAGGUAACCAUUGUGGCAGCGGUAUUCCUCUUGAGCGGCGGUCACUCUUUACCAGCGCAUGUUUGUGUUUUAAGUUCACCGCAGCUAGCUGGCUUUAGCUAGUUCAGCUAGUUUUCCAGCUAACCAAAAGUGAAACAGGAACAGGCGCUAUAUGAGUGAAAGCUUGUGGAGAUUGUCCCCAAUAAAACUCAACCGAGGUUUCAGCAUUAUUACCACAUAUAAACAUGGUCACUUCCUGGAUUUAGCAGCAGCUUGACCUUCUUCAUCAUGGACUCCUGAAAUCUACAGACUUCAGCGACUCAUCAGGUCGCUUGUGGUUGUUUUGGACCAGAGGUCACCGUUCACCCUACAACCUGUCUGACUUCCCGAGCAAGAGGGCGCGAGCAGAUGGGGAACAGCUGCUGUCGCGCUGAGAGUCCCUGUGGCAGUGCAGAGGAAAGAAGUGGUUUACUGAAAGACAAUGCAAAGGGCACAGUGCCCACAGGUGAAACAAUUGUGGAGGGCACUUGUGGUCCUGAUGGAGAUAAGGACAUGAGGAAAACACCUAAUGAGGCCAAUAUAAAGAUGGGGGAAAGGGCUGAGGCUGUGCAGGUGAAGCAGAGUCCUGAGAAUGGAGAGUCAAAGGCCAAUAAAACUCAGGAGAAUGGACCCUUGAAGAAGGAAAGUAUUCUGAAAGCAACACCUUCUCCCAAAACCCCUGAAAUCCAAGAAAACUCCACCAGAGCACAAGGUGAAGAUAUGAGGGAACCUCCGAACGACUGUGGACCAACUGAACAUCUGCAAUGCACUUUAAAAUCCCAGCAGAAAGCCCACACUGCAGCUGAUUGGGAGGUUUUUACAGAAACAAAUGUGGCAUCGGAAGAAGAAAAUCGACACUCUAUGCAGGACAAAAUCCCAGAUGGCAUCUCACUAACAGCCGAGGCAGUCUUCCCUGAAAAGGAUUCCCAUACUGAGACAACCACAAAAAAAGAGAACAUUACAGUAAACACUUUUGACAAGGCUGUAACCAAGACAUCAGGGGAGUUUUCUCAAAAUAAUGAAGUGUUGUCAGUGCCAAACACUCAGCUGGACGCAGCAGCUUGUCGGGUGUUUUCCAUCUCUGUGGUCAGUCAGGAGAUCAACAAAGAAGGUCCGAGCUGUGCUGUGACAGAGGAUUCAGACAAUGGGAGUUCUUCAUGGUGCAAGCAGGCUGGUCCCGAAGACAUAAGAAGCCAUGAUGUCUCCGAGUCUUCAGGAGUCAACCGCAUUGGUGAGGAGCGAGACUCCACCAACUCUAUCAGGGAGCCAGAAACCACAGCUCCGCCAGACGCCAGCAAAAGCUCAAAUUCCAGUCAGAAUGCAAAACCAGAUUCUCAGUGUUCCGCUACAAGCUCGAAGGAGGUGACUUCCUCAGAGAACAUCGAACAGGAUAUUGGGAAGGAAAUUAUGCUGAAAAUGCACGAUAAAGAUGGAGAUGUUCCCAAAGCAAAGGAGGAUGAUGUGAUGAAAGAGGAGGCAGAGAAUGCGCUCACAGAGACCAACACUCAGGAUGCUGAGAUUCAGGAGGUAACUGGAAAAGAGGAGCAGCUGGCAGGCAGCACAGCCACUGAUGUCAAUGUCGAAGUGGUAACUGUCACGGAGAAGGAAGACUCUGCUGAAGAUGACCUGGGGAACAGUGAAGAAGACCUGUACAGAGGGGCUGAGGAGCUGCCAGUGUCACAAAAUAAUAAACCAGGACAACCGUCGGUGUUUGAAACUACAUUUUUAAAGGUAGAGGACAGAUGCAGUUUGGCCCCAGCAGUGGAUAUUCUUUCUUACAGCGAGAGAGAGUGGAAAGGAAAUACGGCCAAAAGUGCUCUCAUUAGAAAGGGUUAUAAAGAGAUUUCCCAGAGGUUUGGCAGCUUGAGACGAGUGAGGGGGGACAACUACUGUGCACUCCGAGCCACGCUGUUCCAGGUGCUCUCCAACAGCACCCAGCUGCCUGCGUGGCUGCAGGAGGAGGACAUUACUAUGAUCCUGAUGCAACUAGAGGCCCAGGAAGGUCUAAUGAGUCAGUGGACAUUUCCUGGAGAGUGCCUUCAGGGAGAUGGGACAGGAGAUGUCACCCAGCAGCUAAAAGGCUACAUGGAGCUUCUCCAAAAUAAGUGGCAGGCAGCAGUGGACUGUUCCUCUGCUGCCGAGCGGCAGCAGCUGUGCGAGCGAGUGUUUCAGGGUGGAGAAGAGGAGCUCGGUCUGCUGGAGGCACUUAAGCUGCUGAUGCUGGUAAGAGCGGUGGAGCUGCACAGCUGCAUGCAGGGCAGUGGAGACGUCCCGCUCUUCUGCUGGCUGCUGUUUGCGCGAGACUCGUCCGACUGCCCGCGGUCCUUCCUCUCCAACCACCUCAGCCACGUGGGCCUCAGUGCCGGGUUGGAGCAGGUGGAGAUGUUCCUGCUGGGCUAUGCCUUGCAGUGCACCAUUCAAGUUUACAGACUGUACAAAGCUGACACAGAGGAGUUUGUAACCUACUACCCAGACGACCAUAAGGACGACUGGCCGUCAGUGUGCCUCAUCACAGAGGAUGAUCGACACUACAAUGCACCGGUUGUAGAAGCUGCAGAACUACACAAGGAGCUCAGCUCAAGCUGAUUGCCACUGCAGAGAAAUCUCCUGCCAUACAAACAAAACGCUCCUCAGGUUGAUCAACAUAAAUAGAUAAUACACCAGUUAAAGGAAUAGUUCAACAUUUAGGGAAAGCUGCAUUAGUUUUCCUGCAAGUUAGAGUUACAUGAGAAGAUACCACUCUCAUACAGAAUAUCUGUAGGUCUCAAAGUCUUAAAAAGCACUGAAUUCAAGGCCUCAUAAGGUAUUUAAGUUGUACAUUUAAUUUACAAAAAUUUGAAAUAUUUUAUCUUGCCUGUCGUAGGCAGUAAUGUUAGUUGCAAAAUGUUUUUGUAUCUGGCUCCAGGGCGUUAGAUGUCGAACAACUAAAAACUAACAGUGCAAUUGUUGCGACAGUGGAGUCUGAGCGCAGGAGGGUUUUCGAUUGCUUUUUUUGUGAGGUUUCAGUCAGCACCAUCAGACCUGAAAAAAACAGUCACUACUUCCUUUCCUGGAGACUUGUCAUCACUGUGAGGUUAAACCAAUGAGAUAUAAUAAGCUUUAGAGCUGCUCAGCAGAUUUUCUUACUUAUGGAUUGAGCCAGGCUUGCUGCUUCCCUCUUUUUCCAGUCUUUAGGCCAAACUAAGCUAACCAGCUGCUGGCUGUACCUUCAUAUUUACUGCACAGAAAUGAGUGGUAUCAAUCGUCUCAUCUGACUCUUUAAGAUAAGUGUAUUUCCCAAUGUUGGAUUGUUUCUUUAAAAAUAUGCUGAUUUUGAGACCCUGUACAAGCUGUGGUUUACACACUUUUGUACACACUGUACUAUAUAUACAGUUUUCUAUCUGGGUAAGUGUACAUAUGUGCAUUUAAUAUUAAGGGGUCAUCUCUGUUAGGAACAUAUUAGUUUGCAGGGUUUCAUUUUGAGUUUUAGAUGGAAAAGCCCCAAUUUUCAGAGCAACCUUUUAUGUUUUACCUUUUUCUUUAUAAAAUCCUGAUCAAAACACAAUGGAUGGUGUUUACACUGGAAUUUCGGCACUUUGAUUUGUAUAAUUUAUUCUUUUUCAUUAUGUUAAAAAAAUGCAUUUUAAAUGAAUAAGUAGGACUGUCAUAGUGAAACGGCUAAAUUAGUCUAUGAAGGGUUUGAUUAAUCAGGUUUACACUAGAAGACGAUUGGAGGACUUGGAAGAUUAAUCGCAGCCUCUGUGUCAGAGGUGUGAUUUGUGAAGGUCUGUGUGUAUGUCUGCAAGUGUGUGUGUGUGUGUGUGUGUGUGUGUCAAACUCAGUGUGUAACAUGUUGCCUUUAACCAAGCUGUUCUGAAGGGGGGGAAAAUGUGCCAGUGUUGCUGCAAAUACAUGCAACAGUCCCAACCACCAGCCACUGGAACCAGUAGUAAAGGCUCGCUUGGUCCUCCACGUUGCCUUAGAAAUAAUGCACAACAAGAAUGAAUGUUGGUUAUUAGUGAUAAGAGGCCACUCCCUUGCCCUAAUUUCAGAGCAGGUGAAGGUGAUAAGUUAACAGUAAAACAGUGAUUAUGCCAAUUGCAGGAAUGUUUUUGCAUUUUUGAAUGUCAGAUUUUUGGACAGCAUUUAAAUAAAAUGGAAGCACAAUUUU